GCUUCCGGCCAGCCACAGCUACCCAGAGGACGGUCCGGGACACGGGACCGAGCAGCUCCGACGCGGCAGUCCCUACCAUAAGGGGUACAUCCUCGGCAGCCAGGUCGCAGCAGGGCCGGAGCGCCAUGGCCUCUCUACUGGUGGUCGGCGUGCUGCUGCUGGUGGCCGCGACGCCGGCGCGCGUCAACGGCGAGCUGCCGCUGGCGGCGGAGACGGACUCGCUGCUGCAGGCGGCGAGCCACGGCGCGGCGCCCACGGCGGAGCCGCUAACCAAGAGCAAGACGGUGCGCUGCUUCAAGCAGAACGUGCUGCGCGACGAUGGCCGCAACUACGAGGUGGAGCACAUACGCAAGGACGAGGACGUGGUGGAGUCGGUGCAGCGGUCGGGGCGCGACCUGCGGCUCUCUGCUGACGCGGCGGUGCCGCCGGGCUGCGUGGUGGUCACCAGCGUGCGCCAGGACGAGGGUGAGGGCGGCGGGGGCGGCGGCGGCGGCGGCGGCGGUCAGCACCACGACAUGACGCUCGCCCACUUCCCGGAGUACCCGCAGUACGGCGGGGGCGGCGGGGGCGGCGGGCUUCACGUCGGCGACGUGGUGCUGCCGCAGCUGCCCUACCCCGUCCAAGGAGUCUCCCUCAGCGGCGGCGUCGGAGGCGGCGGCUUCGAAUACGGGGGCGGCGGAGGCGCAGGUGGCGGCGGAGGGCAGAUCUCUGACGUGCUGCUGCCGCGGCCCGGAGGCGGAUACGGGUACGGAAGCGGUGGCGGAGUCGACAAUUUCAUCAACUUCAAGGAUGUGAGUGGAGGCAGCUCGGGCUCACCACCGCACCAACACGGAGGUGCUGGUGGUGCUGACGCAGUUGGUGGUGGUGGUGGGAACGGCGGCGAGGCCGAGGUGCUUCGCACCUACCAGGUGUCGACCAACCUCCGCCGCCAGGAAUCGUUCGACCACCACGCCUUCGGGGUGGAGAAGGGCGUCAAGCCGACCGGCGGCUUCCACUUUGCCUUCGGCGGCGGCGGCAACGGAAACAGCAACGGGCUCGGCGCCGGCACCAAGUACGAGACGAGCGCCAACGACUUGGACCAGGUGGUCAGCAGCGGGGCUCCAGCCGCCACCAGCGCGGCCGCCACCCUGCUCGCCUGCGCCCUGGCCCGGCUGCUCGCCCUCUGACCACCUCUCCCUCUCUCUUCUCUCCCUCUUCCAUCUCUAAAAGAAUGUUUGAAAAAAAUUAGUUUGGCAGACUCCACAUAGUGUUGAAGAACAGUUAGGCCACAAAGACACACCUGGUUUCCUACAACCCAGUUAUCUGUUAUAGAAUUGGUGACAAUCUCACUUGUUAGACCCAUUACGCAGGCAAAUUGCUCGUGGACUCUAGUCGUACAUUCAGCUUAAAUUUUCUUUGCUCUAAUACGCCUCCAGGCAUAGAACUUGCACAGUACACUUAUGCAGACAAAGAAGACAGUGUUUUGGAAUAUAACCUCGAGAUACUAUCCAAGGUACAACGCAGACAACGCUCACGAGCAAUUCGCCUGAUAGAGGAGUGGCUAAAUUGGAACACUAAGCAAAUAUCUCAAUUUGUUUUUUGACGCAGCUUGUCGGACAGUUGUGAAUGUAUUGCACGGAAGCUGUCAUUCACGCAAAAGAAAUCAGUCAGUAGCUUAAAAAUGUGAAUAACUCUGCUGCCAAAAUCAUGUAACUCAGUUUCUGACCUUUUACUUCUUCACUCGUGCAAAUUUAGACACUCUGAGUGCGUCAACGUGAUCACAAUGCGUAAGAGAGUCUGUAACUAUCAGAUCAACAUUUUUGUUUCAGUGAUUAGCUAAUUAAGGUGGUUUUUAAUAUCAGAAAGAUGCUGUAACUAGACUUUACGUCUUCUGACUCAAAUUCAUCACUUGCCCCGACUGUCUCUUAGCAUUUACAGAAUUGUAUGGAUAUGAAAUGCACCCUGAUCAUCAACAGCCCACGUCAAUAAUAAUUCCAUCUUGAGGUAGUGAACUAAACAAUGUUGAGGAUAAAACGAGCUUCAGUUCGUUUCAGUGUCACGUUGAACUACCAAAAGUACAGAAUUUCUAGAGCUUGAUUUAAGCUUAAUAUUCAGUAGAGCAAAUUUUGACUCACAACGCGGUACGACAGUAACACAAGUGUACUCGUACAAGUACCCAUUCUAGCGGCAACUUUUUUAUCUCUCUUGCGAGUUAUGUACCAUAUACCGAAAUGUAACAAGGCCGUAUGUGAAGCUGUAAUUAUAGUGACUUGAUACAAUAUGAAACUUGGUUAUCAGUGAACUGAAAAUCAGACGAUUGUAAUCACGACUGGUUACAUACGUUAUGUAUGAAAUCUUCAUAUUUACAAAACCAUAAAAUACAUUUACAUCUAAUGCAACUUUCCUUGCAGUCGCUAUCGAAGCUUCAGUGAAGUCAGUUGUUAAUACAUGUAGGUCAUUAUAUACAGUUGCUUUCCCGAGAAUGUGUUUGUGAUAUUGUACCCUUUUGUUUUUGUUUACUGGCAAAUUUUUGUUUUAUUUGACGAAUCAGCACUUUUUUCAGUUUUUGGCGUGUUUUCCUAAACUAACAACUUCAAAGAGCGUUAACGAAACACAGUAACUGUACUCCAAAAAACGUUUCGUACUCUUAAGAAUAUUCAUUAGCCCUACAGUUUUCCCAUAGCCACUCCUCAUUGUUAUUUGUUUGUUUUUGAUUUUUAUUUAUUUGUAUAGUUGUUGAUUUUGUAUUUUGUCAGCACGGCGUGGAGAGGUGACUGGUCGGUGGCCUACGUCACUGACCAGUGAACUGUCCGCCCGUAAUCUGUGUUAUUGCUUUUAUCAUAAAUAAUACACUGCAACCAGUUCUGAAACUGA